GCUGUGGCUGUGUCACUACUGCGACUGUGGUAACUGCGGGCAAGGGUCUCCCCAUACGCGUACCCGACUGUGCAGUGCGUCGAUAAUGGCCCCAGCUCACAGGACAGCUGCUUUUCUAUGGGCGGCCCUUAGCUUGCUGCUCUACAUGGGGUUCGCACUGGCCCAGGACCCACAGAUGAGCAUAUCUUACUUUGACAAUUUACCCGGCAGACUUUUCUUCUUCGAGGACACGCCAACAGCGGUUUACUAUGACGCUGUCGACGGCGACGUUUACAUCACCCAAGACGAGGGCAAGACUUGGGAUAGGGCGUCUGGCAUUCCGAGAGGCGAGGCACUCAUGGUCAUAGCACACCCUUUCGAUACGCGCUACGCAUUCGUACUGACAGAGGGCACGACUCACUACCGCACAGAAGACCGCGGUAAGACGUGGCGUUCGUUCUCCGUCCCUUCAGCCCCUGCCUUUACACCUCUCCCUCUGUCCUUCCAUUCGGACCCUACCAAAUGGGGGUAUAUCCUCUACCAGGGCACCGAAUGCACCCUCUCAGGAUGGGGAAGGUCAUGCACGGACGUCACAUAUUAUACCACCGACGGAUUCUCAUCUGAGGCAAAAGAACUCCUUUCAGACACAACGCGCUGCCAAUUUGCGCAUAGCAGUAAAGACUUCAAACAUGACGCCCACCCCGACCUUAUCUACUGUGUCGGCUUCGACUCCAGUUCCACAGGCGAAUCCCACUCCAUUUCCUCAAGCCGCCUCUACUCCAGCACUGAUUUCUUCCGCACUACCACUCUCGAAACCCUUGGCAUGGGUCGUGGCGCCAAGGGUGUCGUCGCACUCGCCAUAGUCUCCAAAUUUGCCGUCGUGGCCCUCAAAGACCUCUCCCCAGGUGCAGACGGUGCAAUGAUGCUCUACGUCACAGUGGACACCAAGGAAUGGGCCAAAGCCCAGUUCCCGCACGCGUCGCAAGCACGUCUACGUGAGAACGCGUACACGAUUGUCGAAUCGACCGUACACUCUCUCGCCGUCGAUGUCUUAAGCCAGAACCAAGGCGCCCUCGGCACUCUGUUUGUCAGCAACUCAAACGGAACCUACUUUGUCGAGUCGUUGCGCGAUACGAAUAGGAACCCGGCUGGGUAUGUCGAUUAUGAGAACGUGUAUGGCAUUGACGGCGUCGGGAUUGCGAAUGUCGUGAGCAAUUCAUUGGAUGUGGAAAGGAAGGGCCAGCCCAAGAAACUGAGGUCCAUGAUUACCCUUAACGACGGGAGCUCGUGGGCACCCCUACGUGCCCCGUCUCGUGACGUCGAUGGAAAUGGUAUAUCCUGCAACCCUAACGACGAAGAGUCCUGCUCGCUUCACUUCUACUCUGUAACUAACCCACACAACUUUGGUCGGGUGUUCUCCUCGUCGGCACCUGGUUUCGCCAUCGGGAUAGGCUCAAUUGGGAAACAACUCGCCCCAUACGAGGAAUGCGAUACUUUUCUGAGCACCGAUGCAGGUCUGUCGUGGCAAAUGAUCCAACGCAAUGCGCAUAUAUACGAAUUCGGAGAUUCUGGGAGCAUCAUUGUACUUGUGAACGACGAGGGCCCAACAAACACGGUGCUAUACUCCUUGGAUUUCGGUAGAAGUUGGAAAUCUUACAACCUCGGCAUGUCCGUCCGCGCGAGAGGUCUUACCGGCGUCUCAGACGCUACUUCUCAAAAGUUCAUACUCCUCGUACAGAUCGCACGAGAAGACCAGAAAGCGGGGCAAGGUCGGUAUGCGAUCAUCCACCUCGACUUUGCAGGAAUUCGGUCGCGCAAAUGCGGGGAUAACGACUUUGAGCAGUGGUAUGCACGUGCGAAGCCAGAGACCGAGUGUCUAUUAGGCGUCAAGCAAUGGUAUAAGCGGCGCAAGGCCGAUGCGGACUGUUAUGUCGGUGAUAAGUUCAUCGAUCCUGUCGUACAUGACGAACCAUGUCCCUGCGAGGAUCACGACUACGAGUGCGACUACAAUUACAUCCGAAGUGGCGACCAAUGCAUUCCGUCAGGAUUGGAACGUAUUCCGAGUAACAUGUGCACCUCAGGUCGGCCGGAGGAGACCUACAUGGGUUCGUCGGGGUAUCGCUUGAUCGCGGGGGAUAAAUGUGACAAGGGUCGUGGGUUGCGCAAGGACGAGCCCGUGUCGAAGUCGUGUUCGCAAGCCCAACCUGCAGAAGGGGAGGUUACGAGCCAGAUCCAUGAAUUCUCCGCUGAUAUCAUUCAGUACGAGUUCUUUAAGGAUUCCAGCACAAUUUUGGUUCGCCUUUCCGACCAUACAAUUUGGCAAUCCAGUAAUGAAGGCCUCACCUGGGAACAAAAAUACCCUGGCGAACGUUUCCUCGCCUUCUACAUGAACUCUCACACAUCCGAUCGCGCCUACCUCAUCACGGACACCUCCAAAUACUACUACACAUCCAGCAGUGGACGAUUCUGGCACGAAGCCAACGCUCCAUCCCGACCGAACACAUUCCGCGCGAGUGUGUUGAGUUUCCAGCCACGCUCGGACUAUUUGAUUUGGGUUGGAGAUGUCGGAUGUGACGGUUCUGGUGAACGGUGUCGUGCGGAAGCUCAGUACACGAGAGAUCACGGACGGACUUGGCAUUUCAUCGAUGACUACGUCGUCAACUGUGCAUGGGCGCGCGACGACGAACUGAAGAUCGACAUGACGCAGAUUCUAUGCGAGUCGUAUCUCCACAAAGAAGGUUCCCAGCGUAUGUUUGGAAGGAAUAACCCAUUGCAACUUAUCUCUGGUCGCGAUUACUAUGGGAAGCAGACCAAGCUAUUUGAUCACGUCGUUGGGUUUACGAAGUUUUCUGAAUUUUUGAUCGUCGCAGAGUACGUUCCCCAAAGGAAUGCAUUGGAUCUUCAGGUGUCCUUAGACGGUCGGACGUUCGCAGAGGGACAAUUCCCACCUGGGAUGCACCCCAACACCCACGCAUAUACCGUCCUCGAAUCCAGCACGGACGCCAUCUUCUUACACAUGACCAUGAGUGAACACCCGGCUCCGUACUGGGGCAACAUCCUCAAAUCCAAUUCUAACGGGACCUACUUCGGCCUGUCGGUUGAGAACGUGAAUCGCGAUCAACAUGGGUUCGUCGAUUUCGAGAAGUUUGCUGGGUUGGACGGGAUCGCGCUCGCAAAUGUCGUUGCGAACCCUGCAGAGGCGGCCCUAACGGGAUUGAAAGCUUUGCAGACAAGGAUCACGCACAAUGAUGGUGGGACUUGGAAACCGUUAACGCCGCCGCAAUCGGAUUCGCUCGGACAGCCAUACUCUUGCUCGACGACGAAGUGUGCUCUCCACGUGCAUGGGUACACCGAACGUACCGAUGCCCGUGCGACGUACAGCAGUCCCGCGGUCGUAGGGGUCGUCAUGGCGGUCGGAAACGUUGGUGAAAUUCUUGCACCCUACACCGAGAGCGAUACCUUCCUCUCUCGAGAUGGCGGAUUCACCUGGCAAGAAGUGCAUAAAGACGCGCACCUUUGGGAGUUCGGAGAUUCUGGCUCGGUGAUUUUACUUGUGAACGACGAAGAGCCGACAGAUCAUGUCUUGUUCACUACGGACGAAGGGUUGACAUGGAGAGAGUAUCAGUUUAGUAAGGACAAGUUAAGGAUCAGGGCAAUCGUGACGGUGCAGGAAGAUACGAGUCGCAAGUUUAUGCUGAUCGGGUAUAGACCGCAGUCCUCGGUAUCGUCGGUGAUCGUACAUAUCGAUUUUACAUCGCUCACCCAUCGGCAAUGUGAACUGAAGGAGGACAAUCCGGGCCACGACGACUUUGAGCUGUGGAGCCCGAGCGAGGAGAGACAAGAAGUCUGCCUGUUUGGCCGUCAGACGCUUUACCACCGCCGUAAGCGUGACGCAAAUUGCGUUGUGGGCAAGAUUUCCAAAGUCGAAGAGAAGAUCGUACGCAACUGUGCAUGUACGGAAGAAGACUUCGAAUGUGAGUUCAACUACGCCAAAAACGACGAAGGCAAAUGCGUCCUUAUCUCUGGGAUGACACCUCUCGAAUCGGACAACUCAUGUCGCGGCAAUGACGAGUACUGGUACGAAAGGACUGCGUACCGCAAAGUCCCGUAUUCCAGCUGUGAAGGUGGAUAUAGGCCCGAUCGAGGCUCAAGCCAUCGUUGUCCGGGGUUGAGAGGUCAUAGUACAUUCUUCUGGCUAACGAUUCUGAUGUUCCCGAUUGCGGUGACGGCAUUGGUCGUGUGGUGGUGGUAUAAGAAGAGUGGACUUGCCAGAGGAACGAUUCGGCUUCCAAGUUCCACCUCCGAUUAUCAGCCUCUCGGCUCCCUUGGCACUAGCUCAGGCAACGCCUUUGACACGCUCGCGUCCGUACCUUGGUUCCUCCUCGGAUUGGCAGGUAUCGCAUACGCUUAUGUCUCUUCGAGUAUCGACAGCCUUGUUGGUGGGCUCAGAUCCAGAAGAGGGUAUAGAGAUGUACCUGUCGAUGAGGAUGCGCAGAUAUUGAGGUUUGAAGACGAGGAAGAGUAAUGUCAGUUAGGACUGUCCUUUGUUAUCCUCAGUCGAACAGCGCGGAGGAAGGGAGGGAGGGAGUACUUCUCGCGUAUCAUAAUAAGACGCAGUAGGUAUAUGGGUGGGCGAGCCGACCUCACACGGAUGGAUAAUGUUCUAUGAUUGUUGAUUUUGUACACUGCAUGCGUACGUACCUCAGGCGUUAGUUGGGGAAAGGAAUAAUCUAGUAUAUAUGAUAUGCUUGUGUUUAUCAUGUAUAUCAAUCUCUUUUCUUCAUUCUACGCUUCUCGAGAUUACGACAUGAGUUCCGAG